AUGUCAAAAUACUCUGUUGCGCUAGAGCGCAUCGACUCCGCGCACCGUGAAGACCCCAACCAAAUCGAAGUCAACAACGCCACAAUGCCCUACGAACUGCACUACGCCCAAAAAAUGACCUUCUACCUCGACCGCAUCAAUCCAAACGCCUCCGACCUCCUCCGUCUCGCGAUCCGUGCCCAGCAUCUCCGCCGCUGGGAAGUCCCCCGCAGCUCGUAUCCCGCGACUAAAAUCGGGUAUCACUCCUGGCGCUCUGGGCUACAGAAGAGACAAGCGGAGCUCGUCGAGAAGAUUUGCUUUGAGAGCGGGUACAGCGCGGAGGAGGCGGCGCAGGUGGGUGCAAUGGUGCGCAAAGCGGAUUUGAAGAAAGGAGAUCCGGAUACGCAGACGCUGGAGGAUGUGGCGUGUUUGGUUUUUCUGGAUGAUCAGUUUGACAAGUUUGAGAAGGAGCUUGGAGAUGAGGAGAAGAUGGUGGAUAUCUUGAGGAAGACGUGGGGGAAGAUGUCGGAGGCGGGGCAUGCGGAGGCGUUGAAAUUGAAUAUGUCGGAGAGGGCUACGGCUUUGGUGACGAGGGCUUUGGCGGGUUAA